ACAAUAGAAAACAGAAUUAUUAAGAGGAAACAUUAGGCUUCUUGAUGCAUUAAUUCCACUUGCAUAGGAACACUUGUUCGCGAGAUAUUGUUUCUAAGAGAAGAAAAAUCAAGGGUAAAUUGUGACAAAAAAUUUCAACGAGCCUCUGUCAGCCUAGCAGCAAUACAAAUGAAUGGAGGUUGGGCUACGCCCACGCUUCCGUUUCCUAUCCCUGUCAUUUAAUAUCUAUGGCGCAGCUAUGGCUACUAUUUUACAACUUGAUGAUUUGGAUAACGUCAAAACUGAGCUAAGACAGUUUUCUGAGUCUGACUGGAGACGAUUUGGAUCGGAAACUGGCCUCAGGAAGAACACACUUGAUAACAUAGAAGCCAAUAAAGCAAAAGUUGAGGAUCGUUUAGAAGAAUGUUUGGCUUACUGGCUGAGAAGGAAGGAUAAUGUUGAUAAACAAGGAAAGCCGUCAUGGAGUAGAUUAGCUGAGAUAUUAGAUAAACUUGGAGAAAGAGCAUUGGCUGAUAAAAUUAGGGAUAGAAAACUAAGAAAAGAAUUUUCUAGUGAUGGAUCUAACCGAGGAUCUAACCAUGAAGAGAAGCGAGUUGAGCCUGCUGCUACUUUUGGUCACAGCAUUUAUCUUCCUAAGUUUCUAGAGGAUGAGUAUCUUCGGAUGACAACUGAAUUUGCAAAUAUACUCAAGCGUUUUGUUAUUCAGGUUUUUAAAGAAAAGGAAAAAUUGAAAGGUGUCCAAAUGUCAUUGUACAUUGAAGAAUGUCAUCCACUUGCAGAGAUCAAUCAAGUUUAUAAUUUUUCCUUCAGUCCCUCCUGUGGUUUUAUUGAACUAUUGUUUGAUGAUUUUUGUAAAGGAUGGACUGUACAGCCAUUAGUUGAACCAUGUAGAUUACAUCAAGAUGACAUUGACAAAUUUGAUGAAGCUAUAUAUCCUCUUCCUCCAUCUUGUUUGGUAUCAGUAGAUGCAUCACCUAAUGCUGAUCCUACAUUACAUUACUCAGUACCACUGGAAGGAGUGGCUCAUCCUGUUACAUUAUUGAUUAACCAAAAACUUCAACUGGAAAAAGAUGUAUUAGAACUUAUUGCCAGUCAUAAAACUACUUUUGAAAAAGAAAAAGAUAGAGAACUUGCUGAAUUAACAAAGAAAUUAUAUGAGUCACUCCAGAAACAGUCAGCAAUAGCUAAAGAAAAGCAAGAAUUAUCGGAAAAAAUGCUAGCAUUGAUAAAAGAACAAGAAUUACCCAAACAAUUUGAGCCUGAUGACAAAGCAGAACAAGGGCAAGAUACUAUUGCUAUGGCUCAUAUAGCUGAUUAUGGUGAUGAGCUACAUGUACAUAUGUCUUGUGACAGUGAGAGAGGUUCUGAGACACCACCUAAAGGUAUAGACCAAUACGAGUUGGCCAUACCACAACAAGAAAUGCCCAAUACACCAUUGACAAUAAUGGUGGUUGGUGAGGCAGGAGUAGGAAAAUCAACACUCAUCAAUUCAAUGCUGGGUAGGAAAGUAGCCCUAGUAUCACAUGGCCCCUAUCCUACCAAUCAUAAUACAAUAGAAGAACACUCUGGCACUGUCUAUGGUACACUAGUAGUGUUUUAUGAUACAAGACGUCUGGGAGACCCACAACUAAAUAAUAAAGAGCUGACGAAGAAGAUUAAACAGAAGCUUGAUGAAUGUUGUGAUCGAUUCAAAAUCCUUAUAUGCCUGCGAAUUAUAGACAAAUUAGAUCAAUCAGUUGAGCGUUUUCAACAUCUUGUAAAACUGUUCAAGAAUGAUGAAACCAUAUGGAAAAGCUGCAUCUUAGUACUAACACAAGCCAAUAGAUUUGAUCUUAAUGAUUAUGAAAGUGAUGAAAAGGAGGACAAAGAAGGUUGGGGGAGCAGCCUUAGACAAGAGGAAGUGCUAAAAUUGAAAAUGAUUAUAUGUAUGAAAGAAUGGGCCAUACAGUUUCAAUCGUGCCUGGAAAGAUACAAUGCGCCCAAGAAAAUAAUCAUGAAUAUGCCAGUGUGUGUUGCUGGGAAUAAGAGGCACCUCAAAUUACCUGUCACUGAUAACUGGGUACAAAAAAUAAUGGAUUGCUGCCAUAUGAAAGCUCUAAAUUUCCAAAGCGAUCAUCAAACGGAAUGGCACUCACAAUUAAAAUACAAUCUAUGGUAA